AGGAAACACUAUUUCUCUCCAUGAACACGCACACACGGAAGAAAACUUUCACCGUUAGAAAUAGAAGAAACGACUUCCACAGAGAGAGGACAGCUCCGGGAGCUAAAACUGGGAAUAUUGCCUUCAACUUGUUGCUGUCUGCAUGCUGUAAAGAGCUUUGAAAAAUAACACACAAAGUGUUAAAGUGAAAGUAAGUUCAAGGAAACUCUGUGGAGGAGGAAGUGGAACCUCAGCAGUCCGACUAGUUUGAGUUCUCUGCUCGUCUGUUUUGGCUUCUGUCAGAGGAAAAUGGCUUCUUCUUGUUCAGAGGACGAUCUGUGUUGUUCUGUUUGCCACGACGUCUUCACACAUCCUGUCGUCCUGUCAUGUAGCCACAGCUUUUGUAAAGCCUGUCUGCAGAGCUGGUGGACGGAGAAACAGAAGCAGGAGUGUCCACUCUGCAAAAGAAGAUCUUCUAAGUCCGAUCCAGCUUGUAACUUGGUGUUGAAGAACCUGUGUGAGGCCUUUAUACUGCGGAGGGAUCAGAGAGCGUCAUCAGACUCUGAGGCUCUCUGCAGUCUGCACUCUGAAACACUCAGACUGUUCUGUCUGGAUCAUCAGCAGCCAGCGUGUCUCGUCUGCAGAGACUCUAAAAGACACACCAACCACACAUUCAAACCCAUCGACGAAGCUGCUCAAGAUCUCAGGGAUAAGCUCCAGGAGUCCCUGAAGGGCUUAAUGGACGAACUGGAGCACUUUGAAAAAGUAAAAACAGAGUGGAAUCAAACAAGAAAGUACUUCAAGGCCCAGGCUGCAAACACGGAGAGGCAGAUAAAGGAGCAGUUUCAGAAGUUUCACCGGUUUUUAGAAGAGGAAGAGGAGGCCAGAAUCUCUGCUCUGAGGAAGGAAGAGAAGCAGAAGAGUCUAAGGAUUAAGGAGGAGAUGGAGGCUCUGAGCAGAGAGAUCGCAGCUCUUUCAGACACGGUCAGAGCCACAGAGGACGAGCUGAGAGCUGCAGACCUGUCAUUUCUGAACAACUACAAGGCAGCAGGGGUAAGAAUCCAGCAGUGCCCCCUGCUGGAGGAUCCACAGCUGCACUCGGGAGCUCUGAUAGAUGUGGCCAAACACCUGGGCAACCUGAGCUUCAACGUCUGGAACAAGAUGAAGGACAUGGUCUUCUACACUGCUGUGGUUCUGGACCCAAACACCGCCGGUUCAGGACUCAUCCUGUCUGAAGAUCUGACCGGUGUGAGAAAAGGAGAGCAGCAGCAGCUUCCUGAUAAUCCAGAGAGGGCGCCUCCUUUUUCCGGCACUGUUCUGGGCUCUCAGGGUUUUAAUUCAGGUACUCACAGCUGGAUCGUCGAGGUUGGACAGAACAGAAGCUGGGAAGUGGCUGUGUGUGAGAAGUCUGCAGGCGGGAAGGUAGACACGUCCUGUGGAUUAUGGAGAGUAGAGUUCAUUUUUAAUGAAUACAGAGCAUACACCACGUUGGAUGACUACACUGUUCUGUCAGUGAGAGGACGGCCUCAGAGGAUCCGAGUGCAUCUGGACUGUGACGGAGGAAAGCUGUCAUUCUCUGACCCUGACAAUAACGCGCACAUACACACCUUCACACACACUUUCACUCGCAAGCUGUUUCCAUACAUUUGGACUUUUGAUUCCCCUCUGAAGAUAUCACGACUGAAGGUGUCUGUAUCAGUGAAACAGUAAAGGUAGAGAUGAAGAUGCAUGUUCUUCUUAUCUGAAUGGAGUUGGGCUCAGUUUAAUUAACAGAUGUUUAUUUUUCUCUCUUUUUUUCUUCAGUAAUCUCUCAUAUUUUGUUUCAUUUUUAAGAAAUCUGUCAUCUUCUCAAAUUAGAAAGCUGAAUGGAGAUUUUUUAUUUCUCCUGCUCCAAGUGUUAAAAAUGACGUCAUCAGGACCCCGAUGCAAGCCGAAACGUGUCGGUCUAAUUUGUGAAUGCAGUUGUUGCUGGAGCUAUUUGACCUCUUCAAGCACCUAUGAGUUUAUGAAGUUGUGCCAGAAAAUCCCACUCUGAAUAUCUCUUGUUUGCAUUCUGGGUUUUUUGAAUUACAUGUGGACAUCUUGUGCCUGAUGAUUUUGUGGAACUGAUGUUCACCAUGUGAGGGAAUCACAACCAUUAAGAUGUAUUACUAUUCACAAGAUUCACUAGAUGUUUAUCACUGAAUAUCAUAUCUUUGGGUUCUUUUUCUACGACAAUAAGUCAGUUAAAAAACAUUACACAGCACUCUAGCCAAUCAGAAUAGAGCAGCUGCUAUGAGUGACACUGAGGUAUCAGCAAGUUGCUGCACCACUAAAAACAAUCUCUCUCUCUCUCUCACUCUCUUUCUCUCUCUCUCUCUCUCUCUCUUGCUCUCGCUCUCUCUCUCUCUCUCUCUCUCUCUUGCUCUCUCUCUCUCUUUCUCUCUCUCUCUCACUCUCUCUCUCUCUCUCUCUUUCUCUCACUCUCUCUCUCUCUCUUGCUCUCGCUCUCUCUCUCUCUCUCUCACUCUCUCUCUCUCUCUCUCUCUCUCUUUCUCUCUCUCUCUCUCUCUUUCUCUCUCGCUCUCUCUCUCUCUCUCAGGGAGACAUUGAGCAAAAUAAAUGGAUGACAAGAUAACAAGAUGAUUCAUUCUUAAUUAAAAUAAUAAGCAAGCAA